GUAUGUAUAUUUGAAUGUUAAUAUUUGCAAUUUACACAUAACACUCCCAAAACUCAUAUGAAAGAAUAUUAGUGUAUCUUCACCACUCUCUCUUCGAAGCUCUCCAUUUCACCUCCCCACCGAAACCCUGAACCCUAUGGAAACUCCUCCUCCUCCGCAGCUACGGCCGCAGGCCUACAAACUGACAACGUCCUCCAUCUCCUACGCCAAACCUCGGACCGGCCUCUCUCACGUUCUGCCACUCCUCCCUUUCAAGCAAUGCACGGCCGAGCCGCCGAUCUAUAUCCUCCGCAACGUCUCUCUCACCGCUUUUCCCGGCGAGAUCCUCGCCGUUGUGGGCCCCAGCGGCGCCGGAAAAUCCACUCUCCUCGAUAUUCUGGCCGCCAGAACCUCUCCCACCUCCGGAUCCAUCUUCCUCGGCUCUCUCCCUGUAAACCCUUCAUCUUACCGCAAGAUCUCUUCCUACGUUCCCCAGCACGACGCCUUCUUCCCUCUUCUCACCGUUCUCGAGACGUUCUUCUUCGCCGCCCGUCUCUUGCUCCCAAACCAGACCCAUGUGCCCGACGCUGUCGAUUCUCUGCUCAGAGAGCUUAACCUUACACAUUUGGCAGAUACUAGACUUGGUCAAGGCCUGUCCGGUGGGGAACGUAGGAGGGUUUCCAUAGGUUUGAGUCUUCUUCACGAUCCGGGUUUUCUUCUUCUCGAUGAACCCACCUCGGGUUUAGACAGCAAAUCGGCGUUCGAUGUCGUUCAGAUUCUUAAAUCCAUAGCUACGUCGAGACAACGCACUGUGAUCUUGUCCAUCCACCAACCCAGCUUCAAGAUUCUGUCUGUUAUUGAUCGGUUGUUGCUUCUGUCCAAAGGAACUGUAACGUACCACGGAAGGGCUGAUUCUCUUGAAGGUUUCUUGCUCUCCAAGGGUUUCACCGUUCCUCCCCAGCUGAAUGCCCUUGAAUACGCCAUGGAAAUACUCAACGAUCUCCACGAGACCAACGAAAAUAUCGAUGUUGAUCUUUCUAGUCCAUCGCCCUCAGCUAGCGAAACGAGUUUGUCAGCCGAUCAGUUCCUAGAAAAUCAGAAAGAGAGAGCAAUACAGCGUACCAUUCGACAUCGAACCUCGAGAAUAGCCGAAAUAAGCCUUCUUUCGAGAAGAUUCUCGAAGAUCGUUUGCAGGACGAGGCAAUUGCUUCUGACCAGCACACUAGAAGCACUUAUAGUCGGUCUUGUCCUAGGCACUAUCUACAUCAACAUCGGAAUUGGGUUACAAGGAAUCAAAAAAAGAUUCGGUCUUUUCGCAUUCACACUCACUUUUCUCCUCUCUUCCACAACCGAAACCCUUCCGAUCUUCAUCAACGAACGCCCGAUCCUCAUACGAGAAACCUCAAGCGGUGUUUACAGACUCUCAUCCUAUCUUCUUGCCAACACCCUCGUUUUCUUGCCUUACUUGCUCGUCACCUCCGUCAUCUACUCCGUUUCGGUCUAUUUUCUCGUGGGUCUCUGCUUUUCUUGGCAAGCUUUUGGAUACUUUGUACUUGUCAUCUGGGUAAUCGUUCUAAUGGCGAACUCAUUCGUGCUCUUCUUGAGCUCUCUCGCACCGAAUUACAUCUCGGGAACUUCUCUUGUCACUGUUCUGCUUGCGGGUUUCUUCUUGUUCUCGGGCUAUUUCAUCUCCAAAGACAGACUCCCCAAGUACUGGCUCUUCAUGUACUUCUUCUCCAUGUAUAGGUACGCCUUGGACGCGCUUCUGAUAAACGAAUACUCGUGUCUGAGCACGAAAUGUCUUGUCUGGAUGGAGGGAGCCGAAGGGAAGAUCUGCAUGAGCACUGGAAGCAGUGCGUUGGAGCAGAAAGGGCUUCAUGCGAGGGAGAAAUGGUUUAAUGUCUAUGUCUUGCUUGGUUUCUUCUUUCUCUACCGUUUGUUGUGUUUUCUUGUUCUUCUCAAAAGGGUUUCGGGCUCCAAGAGAUGAAUUCCUUUCUUCGCUUUCGCGUCACGUUAUUGUUUCUGUGUAUACAUCGAUCUUCUUUCCAUACGAAGUUUCAUUUUCUUAAAUCCACGGAAGAAGAGAUUAUAAUGAAUUUUGUGUUGUAUUUAUACCAA